GUCAGAUCAAUUGCAGAGAGAGAGGCCAAAACUCAAUUUCAUUUCACCCUCGAGUCUCAUCUUCUUCGUCGUUUCCGAUCCUCCUUCUGAUAUCGCUAAGGAAAAAGGAAUCUGUAUCUAAGAAAAAAUGGGAGGAGGAGCUGGAGGAGAAGGAGGCGAUUUCAGAGCCAAAGUGUGGAGUAUGUCUGGUGGGCCUUACUGUAGGCCCAAGCACUGGCGUCGCAACACCGCCUUUGCGAUGCUCGGCGUUUUCCUUGUCUGCAUCCCCAUUGCCAUGAAGUCUGCCGAGCUCGAGCAAAGGCCGCACAUGCCCGUACGUCCAAUUCCUUCUCAGAUUUGGUGCAAGAACUUUGGAACCAAGGACGAUUACGAAAAAGAGCAUUAAAGACUCUUGUUUUGCUUGCUGUUGAGACAACUCUCUUUGGCUUGGUUUCUUGUUUUGCAGACGACAAUGUGAGCGCAUGACAAAACCCCCUUCUAGAUUUUUCACAGUAUUGUGACCAUAAUAAUAACAAUCUCUCUUUGCCUUGCCGUGUUGUUAGACCACAUGGGAUCUUCCCAAAUUAAGACAUUUCAUGUUUUUCCAGAAUCCCAA